UUUGUGUUGCUUUUCUUCCUGACUACACCGUCUGUCAUUAUGACCACUCUGGAUAGUACAAACUACAAAGAUGCUAUAGCUGAGGCAAAGUCUCCAUUCUUGUCUCAAUUCUUGCCGACCCUCCUUCUGUGGACGUUCGCUGCCCUCCUGCCUCUGCUAGUAGUCUACUCCAGCUACUACUUUGAGUUCCAUUGGACACGUACUAAACUCAACCAUACAAUCAUGAGGAAAACAUUCAUCUUUCUCCUCCUCAUGAUCCUUAUACUGCCCUCUCUUGGUCUUGCCAGUGCUCAGGCUCUGUUUGAAUACAGUCUGAAGAGUGUGGCUGAGAUCAAAAUGAGAUGGGGAUGCAUAUUUCUUCCUGAGAAUGGAGCCUUCUUUGUAAAUUUCAUCAUCACGUCGGCCUUCAUCGGCACCGCCCUCGAACUUAUCCGCUUCCCAGAACUCUUCUACUAUGGCAUCAACAUGCUGUGGACACGGUCCGAGGCAGAAAAGAGUACAAAACGAAGUAGAGUGGCGUAUGAGUUUCAAUAUGGAGUCCAGUAUGCCUGGAUCCUAACAACUUUUACUGUUGUACUGGUAUACAGUAUAACAUGCCCUCUUAUUGCCCCAUUUGGUUUGAUUUACUUUGUGCUGAAGCAUCUAGUGGAUAGAUAUAAUAUCUAUUUUGCCUACAUUCCAUCAAGAAUACAUCAAGGUAUCCAUCAAAGUGCCAUUAACUUUGUGGUCAUUGCUGGGAUGCUCUUACAGCUAUCCGUGCUCUUCUUUUCUGUUCUUAGACUUGGUUCAGUGGAUCCUCGAUCUAUCCUAUUAUUUGUAUUCCUAGUCUUGACCAUAGGACUGUACAUCGCCAAGGUUUGUUUCAACAUCUGGAUGGGUUACGUACCUCCAGCUUACGAUGAAUUCAGCAACGAGGAAGAACCGGUUCAAGAGAAAGAGGUUGAACACAAGUACCUUCAUCCGUCUUACUCAUUUGGUAACGAUGAUGACUUAUCUCAUCUCGACAAGCCAGAUGAACCUAGCAGUACAAUUCCAGAUGAGUUGCAGGCAAGUGGGAUGCUUGUUCUUUAAACUUGUUUUCUCUUGAUUAAUCUCUCUUUGAUUCAAUUGCAACCAUAUUUAGCAUGGACUUUGUAAUAAUUAUCAUUCACAACUUUAUGUGUAUCACCAGGAUGCAAAUGUUGAUUUCUGCUAGUCCGUCUUGCACUUGCCAAGAUGUGUGUAUCAAUUAUAAUACAUGUGCUUCUUACAAUUUUUCUUUCUCUUCACUAGCUAAGCUUGCAGAUUUGUGAAGUAGUUUGAUUUUGAAAUUAUAGAUUUCUAGGUUGAAUUUGUUUGACACAAGAAGAGGAAAAAACAAUGUAAGUAUGGAGGAUGAUGGAAUAUAAUUGACAUGGUAAAAAAAAUCCAGAUAUGUAUAGAAAAAUAUGAACCAAAAGGAGGUUUCUAGAAUUUCAUUAUGUUACUGCAAAAUUGGUUUCAAAGUUAGUUUUUUUUUUUCGAAAUCUCAUAAGAAAGAGAUUCUCCUGCCUAUAAUGUGUCCAGGAACAUCCAGGAUAGUUUUCCAUAGAUUUUUUUUUCUUCAGCCUGUUAAAAAGAACGCUGAAAAUUUUUAACAUUAUAAAUGAAAUGUACAUAUAGCUUAAAUGUACUUUUCACACCAUUUGAAACUAAAAAGAAAUAUGAAGUAACCAUAUGAAAGUUGAGGUAGAUACAGAAAUAUGAUGAUAUUUCAGAUCAGCAGAUGUCCAUGUAGAAAGAUGAACCAGUUAUGAUAUUGGGCUUAUGCAUUAUUUACUAAAAAUUAUCAAAGUUUAACAUAAAAGACCUCAUAAUAGAAAAAAAAAUGGAGGAAGAAAUAGAUUGGGUAUAAAUUAAAAAAACAUAAAGAACAAGAAGUUUUAUUUGACCUUUUCUUCACAUUUGCAGAGAAAGGGUCAUCUUAUCUCAUCCUUCAAAAACAUGAGAAAAUUGACCAAAUAUUUGCUCCUCUGCCUGAAUACACCAGAAUAUAUAACUAACCUCAUGUGUUCCUCUUCUUAACCCCCCCCCCCCCCCUCCCCGUUGGCUAUUACCCAACAUUGCAUCUCAUUUGGUCAUUGGAUGCAAGGAUCUCACCAAAUUACUUUGAUAUUGGUAACUUGCAUCAAAGAAUACCAUGGAUCACUUGACUUGCUUCGGCUGAUGUGAAAUGGCUGGAGUAACUCCAUCCUCCGGGGUGAUCCUCCCCCGGGAUACAUUCCCUCCUCAAGCAGCCAUGACACUUAAGCUGUUCAGUCACAGUGGAUCGUUUUCCUGAGUGUGUG